AUGGCAACGGCCAUGUCUGCCCCUCCGCUAGACGACUCGCUGAAUUUCACCACCAACCUCGACAAUCCCCACCAACACAACCUUCACAACACCAGCAAGAUGGCCGCCGACGACGACGACCAGUACACGGUGGAGCGCCCGCGUGCCGUGGCGUCCUCCAUUGAUCGCAACGGCAGCAGUUCGUCUUCCACCAGCGACACGACACUGCCACCACCGCCGCUCACGAAGAAGGUGUCGCGCUUGGGAUUGGCCAAGAACAAGGGCAAACUCGCCGUCACCACGCCCAGUCAGGAAGACCUGCACUCGCGCUGGGCCGAGUUUCAAGAUCCCUCGUCGGUGAUCAAUUCCAACAGCUUCAAAUCGGAGCAACACAAGCACUUGAGCCCCCUCUCGGCCGACACCAACAAUAGCACCAUUGACAACGGCCAAGGUGAAGCCAGCAUGGCUCCAGCGUAUGUCGAGCCGGCUCCCCGCCCACUCUUCUACACUACCAUCAUCCGCGACUUCGCUUUCCCAACCCACCAUUACCUUCACAACGGCAGCCCAAGCCACAUGCCUGAAGAGGACGAGCUGCCUCCCGGCUAUGGCCUCAGCGCCACAGCUCCUAGCUUCACACCGGGUCGCAACGGCGACGCCCCGGGUCCAUAUCGUCACUCCAACAGCCACCGUCGCUUGUCCGACUCCGCUGAAACGUCCACCUACAACAGUGGACUCGGCGAUGGUGGUCACUGGGUGCCCGGAAUCUGGGGCGGCGACGGCGCCAUGUACGAAGACAUGCAGCCCCUGCCCAGCACGUCCUUCCGCGAGGAAGACGUGGGCUGGAACAACACCACCACCCCACAGACCAUCAAGAAGCAGCACCGCAAGAGCAGAUCCUUCGCCGACACAUUCAGCUAUGAGCGUGGACGUAGACGUGGAGAGAGCAACGCUUCGAAGCGCGGCAGCUAUCACCAAGGUAAUGAAAAUGGCGGACAUUCCGAUCCAGCCGGCCGAGAAGCCCUUCGCGCGAGUCGAGGCAUGGAACCUUCCGAGACAGGCGAUUUGGAAGAUGACAUGUACUCACUCUCCCUCUCGCAGCAGACCAGGCCGAGAAGAGACUCGCAUGUCGCCGCCACACAGACCCUACCCAGCCGGGCGUUCCACGAGGCACAACUUCCCCAUCUGCAAUCGCGGAUGGUGGACAGCGACCUCCCUCUCGAUCUUGAAGACUUCCAGCACAGCUCCCCUCAGCGCGAGAGCCUCGGGCCCGAAGACGAGGAACUCUACAACGGACCCAGUCUGGCGCUCUACGACUUUGAACCCGAGAACGACAAUGAACUGAGGAUCAGGGAGCGGGAAAUCAUCAUGGUUAGUUACCGGCAUGGUUUGGGCUGGCUGGUCGCCGAGAAUGAGAAUGGCGAGAAGGGGUUAGUUCCUGAGGAGUAUGUGCGAUUACUGAGCGAAAUGGAGGAGUGGGAAGGUGUUGUUGUCGAGGAGUAA